AUGGCUGCGACAAGGAAACUGCAAGGUGAAAUAGACAGGUGUUUGAAAAAAGUCACUGAAGGGGUAGAAACGUUCGAAGAUAUUUGGCAGAAAGUUCACAAUGCAACGAACAGUAAUCAGAAGGAGAAAUAUGAGGCGGAUCUCAAGAAAGAAAUUAAAAAGCUCCAAAGGCUACGGGAUCAGAUUAAAUCAUGGAUCGCCUCGGGAGAAAUUAAGGAUAAGAGUACACUUUUAGAAUAUAGGAAACUUAUAGAAACACAAAUGGAAAGGUUUAAAGUAGUAGAACGAGAAACGAAAACAAAGGCAUACUCAAAAGAAGGUCUCGGCGCAGCUCAGAAACUGGAUCCGGCGCAGAAGGAGAGGGAGGAGAUAUCCUCGUGGUUGGCGUCGUCUAUCGAUGCACUUAAUUUACAAAUUGAUCUCUUCGAGUCGGAGGUGGAGUCAUUGCUGGUAGGCAAAAAAAAGCGACUGGAUAAAGAGAAGCAGGACCGGAUGGACGAGCUCAAAACGAAACUGGAGAAGCACAGGUUUCACAUCAAGAAACUAGAAACACUGCUGCGGAUGUUGGACAAUCUGUCCAUUAAAACUGAUCAGAUUAAAGAUAUAAGGGAUGACGUAGAGUACUACAUAUCGGUCGCGAUGGACCCGGGCUUCGAGACGAACUUGGACUUCAUCUACGACGGCAUCGGGGGCCUGGACGAGAUCGAGCUGAGCGGGGUGGGCGCGCCCUCCUGCGCCACCACCGACAGCAACAACAGCAACGACUCGCCCAGAUCUCCCACUAGUAUACUGUCAGGUACAAGUCCCUUAACGUCGCCCCUAGAUCUACACAAUCACACGUCUGAUUCUGUCGACAUCGAUAAGAAGAAGAAAGACGAACCGACCAAACCGGUGAAGCCGCUCCCGCUCCGCGCGUUGUCGUGCGGCUCGGCAGCUAGUCCUAACCUUAGCGCGCUCAAUCACUCCGCUGCGAACAAUAGUAUCAGUGUGAACAGUACGGGGGUGUCUGGAACCUCGACGCCGAUCAAACAGCCCCAACCGAGUUCGCCCCACCAGCGGCCUAAUAACACUGAGGUGUGCGAGAAUGGCCCCGUGUCUGCGCCCGCGCAAGCACCAGCGCCCGUCCCGUCGCAACCCGCUCCAACAGCAAAAAGUUCGUCAGCGACGACGCUCGCGACCGCGAUCGCAAACCCGAUUACGAACGCGAACGCGAGUACGACGAACGCGAGUCAGAACCAGAGCGUGAGCAACACGAGCACGAACAGGGUCACGCCGUCUCCGCCCUCGCCGAUCACGCUGAACGGACCCCUGCAUAAUGCGCACCAUACGCCGCAACAUAUGCUUAACAACGGUAGAGUAAGCGAAACGCCUAGUACGCCAGCGCUAAGCGGGAUCAGUAUGGCGAGCGCGAGUAGUGGAACUAGCGCAAGUAGUAAUACUGCGGCCGCUGCGCCCACGCAGCCCCCGCCAGACCCCCUAGCGACCACUACGCUCAAGAGCAUGGCGCAGGAAGCUGUGCACAGAGCGGGUCUACAGCAAAAUACAAGGCGAGGGGUUCCGUUAUCUCAGGCCCACAUCCCACCGUUAUUAGGUGUAGCGCCAUUAGGACCCUUACCACUAAGUGCGGAGCACCAGCUACAGUUCCAAAUGUUAGAAGCAGCAUACCUCCAUACGCCACACCCGUCGGACUCUGAGCGGACGAGGGUAUACCUCCCGAGGAAUAUCUGUCAGACCCCCGCCUACUAUAAUCAGGUGCUGCUACCUCACUCUGACACAGUGGAGUUCUUCCAGCGGCUAUCGACGGAAACGCUGUUCUUCGUCUUUUACUACAUGGAAGGAACGAAAGCACAGUACCUUGCCGCCAAAGCACUCAAAAAGCAGAGCUGGCGGUUCCACACUAAGUACAUGAUGUGGUUCCAGAGGCAUGAGGAACCCAAAGUUAUUAAUGAAGAGUAUGAACAGGGAACAUACAUAUACUUUGACUACGAGAAGUGGGGCCAGCGGAAAAAAGAGGGCUUCACGUUUGAGUACAAGUACUUAGAAGACCGAGACUUGAACUGA